AAUUUUCUCUACAAUAAAUAGUUUGACUCUAUGAUACUGAGCCACUCACAAAUCCUCUUUCAUGGCUUCUUCUUUUUCUUCUCUUCUCACCUGGAGAUACCGCGUUUUCACGAGCUUCCACGGACCAGACGUGCGUAAGACAUUUCUCAGUCAUUUGCGCAAACAGUUCACCUUCAAUGGGAUUACGAUGUUUGAUGAUCAAGGGAUCGAGAGAGGUCAGGUUAUUGCUCCUGCAAUCACGCAAGCAAUCAGACAAUCGAGGAUCUCGAUCAUCGUGCUUUCAAAGAACUAUGCUUCUUCCAGCUGGUGUUUGGAUGAGCUGUUGGAGAUUUUGAAGUGCAAAGAAGAUAUGGGACAAAUCGUGAUGACGGUCUUCUACGGAGUAGAUCCUUCUCAUGUGCGGAAACAGACUGGAGAUUUUGGGAAAGCUUUCAAAGAAACAUGUGCUCGUAAAACAAAGGAGAAGGAGGAACGAUGGAGUCAAGCUUUAGAGUAUGUGGGCAACAUAGAGGGAGAACACUUCCUAAACUGGGUCAAUGAAGCAGAUAUGAUUGAGAAAAUUGCUACCGAUGUUUCAAACAAACUGAAUGCAACACCAGCUAAGGAUUUUGAUGGCAUGGUGGGAUUUGAAGCUCAUCUAAGACAAAUGGAGUCUUUGCUCGAUUUAGAUAAUGAUGGAGUUAAGAUGGUAGCAAUCACGGGACCUGCAGGGAUUGGUAAGAGUACCAUUGCCCGAGCGUUGCAUAAUUUAUUGUCUAAUAGGUUUCAGCUUUCUUGUUUUGUGGACAACCUUAGAGGAACCUAUCCUAUUGGUUUGGAUGAGUAUGGUUUGAAGUUUCAUUUACAAGAAGAGUUGCUUUCAAAGACUUUGAACCAAAAUAGAUUGAGAAUAUGCCAUUUAGGUGUGAUAAAAGAAAGGCUACACGACCAGAGAGUGCUCAUCAUUUUUGAUGAUGUGAACAAUAUAAAUCAACUGGAGGCGUUGGCUGGAGAUAUUUCUUGGUUUGGUCCUGGAAGUAGGGUUGUAGUCACCACAGAAAACAAAGAUCUUCUACAGCAACAUGGUAUUAACAAUACCUACCAUGUGGAGUUUCCAUCUAGAGGAGAAGCUCUUGAGAUCCUCUGUAAAUAUGCUUUUAGACAAAGCUAUCAACAUGAUCAUUUUGAAGAGCUUGCACUAAAAGUAACUGAGCUUUGUGGUAAUCUUCCAUUGGGUCUACGUGUGGUGGGUUCAUCUUUACGCGGGAAGAAGGUGGACGAAUGGGAAGACGUGAUGGACAGACUAGAAACUAUUCUUGAUCAUCAAGAUAUCGAGCAAGUACUAAGAGUCGGUUAUGAGAGUUUACAUGAGAAAGAGCAAUCUCUAUUUCUCCACAUUGCAGUCUUCUUCAACCGUAAUGAUGCUGAUCUUGUGAAAGCCAUGUUUGCUGACAACAACCCGGAUAUCAAACAUGGGUUGAAAAUUCUAGCAAACAAAUCUCUUAUAUAUUUAUCUGAAGAUGGGGAAAUAGUGAUGCACAAGUUACUACAACUUGUGGGUACAAAGGUCGUUAAUAAAGAAAAACCUUGGAAACGUCGGAUUUUAACAGACGCUCAAGUGAUUUGUGAUGUUCUUGAACGUGCCAAAGGUACUAGAGAUGUGUCAGGCAUAUCAUUUGAUAUAUAUGACAUCCAUGAAGUAUUUAUAAGCCCUAAAGCUUUUAAAAGGAUGCCUAAUCUACGAUUCCUCAAAAUAUACACAAGUAAAUAUGAUGGAAAUGAUAUAUUGCAUAUACCUGAGGAGAUGGCGUUUCCGCGUUGUCUGAGGUUACUACAUUGGGAGGCAUGCCCUAGCAAGAGUCUUCCUCUUGGAUUUUGCCUGGAAAAUCUUGUGGAACUCCAUAUGCCACACAGCCACCUCGAAACGCUCUGGGAAGGAACACAGAGACUUACAAAUCUGAAGAAGAUGGAUUUGUCUUGGUCAUUUAAUUUAAAGGAACUCCCGGAUCUUUCAAAUGCUGCCAGUCUCGAGAGACUGGAACUGUUUUGUUGCAAGAGUUUGGUAGAGAUUCACUCCUCUAUUGGAAAUCUUCACAAAAUUGAUUUCUUGCAAAUGAGUUACUGUACAAAGCUACAAGUUGUUCCGGCUCUACUCAAUUUGGCACCUCAUGCUUAUGUCAGCAUGGAGGGAUGCUCACAGUUGAGGUACAUUCCAGAUACUUCCACGAAUAUCAGAGCAGUCGUAAUUGCAGAUACAAUGAUAAAAGAGUUGCCUAAAUCAGUUAGGAAUUGGUCUACCCUCGAGUAUCUCACUAUAUACGGCCAUAGGGAAAAUAUUGAGAAAAUGUUGACAUAAGCUUAAAGUUAACUUAGGUUAUAAGUUAUC